GGAAUGCGAAGUAGCUGUGGGGAUGUGGUGCGAUAGGUUAUUAUGUUUCAGUUGCGAUAAUUGACAGCCGGUGACUGCUCGAAGCAUGAUGGCUUUGGAUGGUACUAGUGGCGGAGCGUGUGCACGGAGCUCGCCCACGCGAUCUAGCUGCGUGACCGAAACAAAGAUCGGUUCUCAUCACUUCACAAUUCAUGGAUACUCUCUCGCCAAGGGAAUGGGAGUGGGGAAGUAUAUUGCAAGUGAAAGCUUCACAGUCGGCGGUUAUCAAUGGGCUAUCUACUUCUAUCCAGAUGGAAAGAGUGUUGAGGAUAAUUCUUCGUAUGUUUCGGUUUUUAUCGCUCUUGCCAGUCAGGGCACUGACGUACGCGCUCUUUUCGAGCUAACUUUGGUGGACCAAAGCACAGAUGCGAAGCACAAGGUGCACAGUCAUUUUGACCGCUAUUUGGAGAAUGGACCCUACACACUGAAGAACCAUGGAAGUAUGUGGGGAUACAAGCGGUUCUUCAGACGGGCCGUCCUAGAGACGUCUGAUUUCCUGAAGAAUGAUACCCUUGCUAUAAUCUGCACUGUGGGUGUUGUUGUGUCAUCUACCCAGGGUCCGAAUUUGUAUUUUAUCCCACUUCCGGAGCCAGAUCUAGGCACUCACUUCGGUUCUUUAUUAGAUAGCGGAGAAGGCGCGGAUGUCACUUUUGAAGUUGAUGGCGAGGUUUAUCAAGCACACAAGUUGGUGCUGGCUGCUCGCUCACCAGUGUUCAAGGUGCAACUAUACGGGCCUACGCGUGAUCACAAUGCUGGAACAAUAAAGAUUGAAGAUAUUGAAGCUCCCGUAUUCAAGGCGAUGCUAAACUUCAUCUACACGGAUUCAUUGCCGGACAUUCACAAGCUGACGGCUUCAUGUUCUUCAUCUUCGACUUUGGUGACAUUUCAUCUGUUAGCUGCUGCAAAUCGAUACGGGCUGGAUAGGUUGCGCAUUUUUUGUGAAUCUAAACUGUGCGAGGAGGUCAGCACAGACACCGUGGCCACUACACUCGCGCUCGCGGAACAAUAUCAUGCGUCACAGCUUAAAGCUAUUUGUCUCAAGUAUGCAGCAGCGAAUCUUGCAGCCUUCAUGCAUUCAGAUGGAUUCGAGUAUUUGAAAAACUGUUGUCCAACCCUUCAAUCAGAGCUUCUAAGAGAAGUGGCGAGCGUUGACGAGGAUGUAGGUACAGGGAUUAGAGAGAGAAGUGUAUGGGGUCAACAUUCGGAUGGUACCGAUGCCAAUGGGCGACGAAUGAGGCAGAGGACCUAGCCAAAUCACUUGGAGGCUGUCUUGCUUGUCAUUAUUUUCAUCCAUUACUACACAGCUAGCUAGCUAUCAGCAGUUCUGGACUCUGGUACUGGCUUCGUCUAUAUGGUCAACAUCAUAAUCUAUGAUGUCAACGUUCUUUCACUCAGUUCAAAAUGCAAUAUUGUCGGAAGGGCUCAAGUAGUCACCGUCGUUUUGUCAGUGGGAACGCAUGCAGCGUAUAUUGUGAACGAAUAUAUUGCAACUGGGGGCACCAGAGAAUUUUUUUAUUAUUCCAGUUCUUGUCCAGAUGAGAGGUGAAUUGGUGAAAGUGUUUGGAUGUUAGGGAAGUAGUGAUCUUUACGCCGUCGGAAGUCUCUUCCGCUUUGUUUUCACACUGAGGUAUCAAGCCACGAGGGAAUUUCUUGUUGAAACCCAUUCCACACCAUUUGAGAUACCGAUGCCGAUGCCCGUCUUCCCGAGCAGCUUAGCCUUGUCAUUUUAAUGUUGAGGAAACUUUCAUCUUCUGGACGAUCCAAUGCACUGCUGCAGUUUACAUUGUUC